AUGAACAGCGGCGGAAGAGAAGACAGAACAAUGGUAAGAGCAUUAAGGGAUAUAGCAUUAUUCAAUGAUAUAAGAAAGGAUCAAAAUUCUGCUGGAGCCAAGCAUGAGAGAUAUAACAUGAGAGAUCUCCGGAGUAAGAAGAACCAGCAUGGAAACGGCAUAGAUGAUUACGAAGAUGAUUCGCUCGAGAGAUUUAUAAGAAGGAAAAAAUCCAGAGUCGUAAAAUACAUUCCAUCAUUUUCAGCCUAUAAUGUGUUCAAUGAAGUCCCCUACUAUCCUACGUCAGCUACUCAGUUACAAGACGGUAAAUUAGACGAAUUUCUCAUGCUAUCAGAGCAAUAUAAGAGUAAACUACCCAAAAUACGUAAAUUAGGGUGGAAUAGAUUCAAACCGAUAGGCAUUAAUAAAACUAUGUAUGAAUUAGAAAUGCUAAGGUCUCGAGCACAAGCUCAAAACGCAGAAGUGAACAAUGAGGAAGACUUCAGGCAGCAUGAUCCUAGGGAAGAGGAUCCAAGAAAUAAUGGCUCCAUAGGGCGCGUGAUAUUGCCCCAUAUUUUACAGGAAAAUGACGAUGACACUGGUGAGGAUGUUGCAGGAUCGCAUAGCGUUCCAAAUGAUAGUAUGGGCAUACUUGUGAAUGACAAUGCCAAUAAUUCGCAUAUUGAAGGAAUAUCUGAGGAGGAUGAAAUAUCAUAUGAUUAUGAUGCAGAGUUCGAUCAUGUUGUAGAUGAGGAUGAUAAUGAGGAGGGAGAAAUGCAGGGAGAAGGAGUGGAAGGUAUAGAAGUUGAGGGGGAGAGAAUUGUGCCGGAUGACUUAUUAAUGAGACCCACUUCGCUGUCACGCUCCCUACAACAAUUUGUGGAAGAGGCUCAUCAUUUAGAUAGAAACCCAUAUGAUAUCGACAGCGAUAACGAUGGAGAAGAUUCGAAGAUAGAGCUAGAUAUGAAUGCCGAUUUUGAAGAUGAAGUAGAAACUGGAAGGGAAGGAAGAGGGCAUGAUUAUAAUAGCGAAUACGGCCAAGCGCCGACUUCUUAUGGUGAGAUUACACCUGAUCUAGCGAGUAAUUGGAGGAACUGGACUAGAGAAAGGAUAACUAGCUUAGAUGAAUUAAUGGAGAGACGUGCCAGGCAGCAACGAGGCCAAGAUUAA